GUUUCUGAGCUCUAGAUUUCAAACCCCCAUUAUGGCUUCUCCGCACCCCCCCAACCUUCGGUUUCUGUGCUACCACACAUUUGGUUUCGACGUCUUGCCAUGACUUCCACCACUAUUUCGAUACCCCGAGGAAGAAAGCGAAAUGAUGUUGCAAAUGGGAAAGGAGAGGUUCGUGCGGUGAGAAGAUUUACCUGCGAGAAAGAAGGCUGCGGGCGGAGUUUUACUAGGGCAGAGCACUUACAGCGCCAUUUGUUAAACCAUUCUACGGGUGACCAUACUUGUGCGAGAUGCCGGGCACAUUUCAAGAGAAAGGACUUGCUCGAAAGGCAUAUGGCCCGUCAUCGUCAAAAGGAUGAAGAAGCAGGUGCCGAAGGUUGUGGUGUUUUGAAUACCCGAAAACGUAUGUGGAAGGAUGCAGAUGGGAGCAUCGUGACCAAGAAACCAGCGUUGACCGAGGAUGUCCAACCUUCUCAGCACCUUGAUCACGAUUCACUUGGAUCAUUGCGAGACUUUGUACCAUUUCAAGACCACGAAGGAGGAGCACCAAUAUCACCGCCCAUUUCUCAUGACCCUUCACUUGGCCGCUCUACAUUUGACGACCACGACUCAGGCAUCGCAAUCGGGUACCCUCCAACCCUGAGUGUGAACGCACUCUCCACGUCAGAUGGAUAUUCACCUCCCUCAGACCAGCACUUUUGGUCCUCAAAUCUAGCUCAACUAGAACCGUUUACACCUUCGACCUUUGAAGAUGCUCCUUUCCUUGAUAUCUUCAACUCCGAUACGGCAAGCUCCUUCAAUAACCCCUUUACCACAAUGAACAACUACAAUUGGCUUUUCGACUUAGAUCUCUCGCGACAGGAAAAUCCGCCCGCUUCAAACCUGGUCUCAGACCCUUUCCAACAAUUUCAGUUCAACGCCCAUAUGAUCAAUCCCACUUCUAAUGGGUUCGAACUUCAACUAAAUCAAAUGACCGUGGGGUUUAAUAAGACUGUGUCCACUGCUGCACAGCAAGGAUCCGUUCAGUCACAGCUCACAGACUCGCCACAGCAAGUUUCUCCCGGGCCAAUAAUCUCUCCACCAAUCACAGACGAUGAGCUACGGAAUGUAGCCAAGUCUGCGCUAAAAGACAAUUCGUCGUAUGAACAGCGCAAACUACCCAAUGUCGCCGAUACCUCCAAGCGCCGUGAGGGUAUCGAUCCCCACUCGGCUGUCGAACUUGAGAGGCCUUUAUCCAUGCUUCAGCGCUCAAGUAGUCUGCCCAUAGUCGACGAGCUCGCACGAGCCCAGCUUCUCGACCUAAUCGACGUUACCCAACCGGUUUCGCCAGAUGGGAGUGUUGUCACAAGAGAUCAUCCACUCUUAUCGUUGUCAUCACUACAGACACACUGCGACCUGUUCUUUAUUCGGUUUAACACUACGUACCCUCUUAUCCACAUGUCAACAUUUGAUCCAUCACAUGUCAACACGUUAUUGCUGAUCUCAGUGUUACUACUUGGAGCUACAUAUGGGGAAAAGGAUGCCCAUCAACUUGCGGUAUGCAUUCACGACGUUCUCCGACCUCAAAUAUUUGCAAACGCAGGGUUUUCUGCAAAACCAGAUCUCUGGGUACUCCAGACGAUCCUCCUAGUUGAGUGUUUUGGGAAGAGUCGAGCAGGGCAGAAGCAGCAUGACAUGUCCCAUCUAUUUCAUGGCCUUCUAAUCAAUCUCAUCCGACGAAGCGACUGUCAAUCCGUUCGACCGCCUACCUUGGAAGAUUCGACCGAAGACCUAGAAGACAAUUGGCGGACUUGGGUCGAGGCAGAGCAAAAGAAGAGGCUUGCGUUCUUGUGCUUCAUGUGGGAUACCCAACAUGCUGUGCUAUUCUGCCAGUCCCUAUGCAUGUCCGCUUUCGAGCUACGGUCUUCUAUGCCUUGCGAUCAGUCGGUCUGGGAAGCAGAUUCAGCCGAGAGAUGGCACCAAAUGCGUCAGAAAUCAUCGUCUUCACCUCUAUUCCUAACUUGCUUGAAAAUGUAUCUGAGCCCCAGCGUCGCGUCUGUGCCGAAGAACCUGAAUGCACUUUCGAGAACCUUACUUCUUCAUGGGCUCAUGUCCAUUGCCUGGGAUAUGCAACGGCGAGACCAGACAUCGCUUGGUAUUAUUGACACCAAUCCGCUCAGGGAUUGGCAAGCCCGCCUUUCUAUCUCCUAUAACGCCUGGAGUCGAGAUUUCGAUUCCUUUUGCGCCCAAUAUUCCUCCAAACUACCAUGUACAGCUCCCUUCCUUGCCAAAGAAUUUCAAACUUUCUGCACAGCCACGUUGGUUCUCUACCACUCUGCUCACAUUCUACUCCACACUCCGUUCCUCGAUCUCCAAAUCUACGCCGGUGCGCGGCAUAUCCUAGGCCGGCCUGUCGCGCGUGCGGACUACGUCCGUUCACAGCGAGUUGUCAAGAAGUGGGUAUCCGAGAACGUAAGAGAAGCCGGAAAAGCCGUAUGGCACGCAGCCGCACUCGUGGAAUCGGGCAUGCAUAUUCUAAAUGCAAAUACUUCUGAGUCUGGAACUCGCUCUGGUACUGGUGAUCUCGGUGGUGGAAGACUUUGGCAUCUACCGUGGUGCAUGUACCUCGGUACACUUGUAGUAUGGGGUGCUUGGUAUGCGCGUCCAACACCAUCUACCUCGGAUCCUUCGUCUCUUCUCCCUUCUCAUAUCACAUAUGAAGAGGACGAUAUUAUCUGGGAUCCACACGCUGAGAUGCUUAGAUUGCUCGAGAUCAUCAAGAGGAGUGAGCCUGAAAAAUUGCUUGAAGGGAGCAUUGCAGGACCUGUUGGGAAGAAAGGAACAAACGGGCUUGCAGCGGUUGUGAGCCGUUGCUUGAGUAAAGUUCGCUGGGCUGUCGUUCACGAUGGAAUGAUGGUUUUGAGGGGGUUGGUCUGCUGGCGGUUGGUUGGUGGUGGAGGGAUGAGUGGGUGGCUGCAAGGGACAUUAUAAAGGUGCUAAAGUGUACGAGGUGAUUCUUGGGAGACAUGCACAGCUUAGCGAGAAGCCGAUUGGAUACAUAGAUAUGCUCGGCUGCGCUAGAAACUUUUCUCGAUCGUCUAGGCUUAGAAAACCUUUUACAUAACCAGACUU